ACUGAGAGCGCAAGCGCGGUGAUUCAACAACGCCCAGUCAACAAUAGGCGCCAGUUAUAGGACAUCGAAACAUCAGGCAUGGCUGAAGAAAGCAGCAACGAAUACACGCCCCUUGACUUAAGCAUGAAGGGCAAAGCAACAAGUACGAGCCGUGAUGGUACCCAGGACGAUUUAUCUACUUUGGGCGCCUACAACACCAUUUGCGACGAGGCCUUGAGUUACCAGAGGAACACGCUUCACACGCUGAUGACCGACGAGAUUUGCAACGUCGACGGUGUCACUGACAAUGGCAGCACAAGGUACCAGCCCAUGGGGUCCAUCAAGAGCGUCGAUAACACAAGGCCCAGCACAAGCCGCGCUGGCAUAGAGGCAGCAUCAGUCAAUUCUGGAGACGGCACCACGAAUGCUCCUGGAACCGGAAGAAAAGAACAGCGAGAGUUGUGCGCUGUGUGUGGCAAUGUUUCGAACCGUCGGCACGCCUUACACGGGCACGCCAAGAAACACGCGGAUGACACAGCCCACAUUUGCAAAGCAUGUGAUCAAUCGUCUGUGAAGAAGUCUAAGAUUGUAGAGCAUUCCCGCAACCGUACUAACAAAAAGCACAAAUGCGAAACCUGUGGUAAACAAUUCCGCCAGGCAAAUCACCUAACUGAACAUUACCGCACGCACACAGACGAGAGACCCUACAAAUGCGAAACAUGUGGUAAACAGUUCCACCGGGCACAUCACCUAGAUAACCAUAAGCGCACGCAUACAGACGAGAGACCCUACAAAUGCCAAAUAUGUAAUAAAUCGUUCCGGCGGUCUACUCAUCUAGAUGACCAUAAGCGCACUCAUACGGACGACAGACUCUACAAAUGCCAAGUAUGUAAUAAAUCGUUCCGGCGGUCUACUCAUCUAGAUGACCAUAAACGCACUCAUUCGUACGAGAGACCCUACAAAUGCGAAGUAUGUAAUAAAUCGUUCCGGCGGUCUACUCAUCGAGAUGUCCAUCAGCUCACUCAUACGGAUGAGAGACCCUACAAAUGCGAAGAAAUAUGUGGAUCAUAG